AUGUGUCGUAUGCUGUUGCGAGCCAUUCCCGAGCGCUAUCUCACAAUCGAUCCCAAACUGAAGGAGCAGCCCAGCCUAUCCACACACUACGCACCCCCAGACAAAGCCAACGGCAAGGCACACACAUACAACACCUCCGCAUACCCUGGCAGUGCCACGUCGCCUCAGGCAGUCAACGCAAGCGAUCUCUCGCGGGAGGGCCUGAACAUACAGGAAAUGCAACGGGUGUUUCACGACCCCAUCGGCAACUCGCCUCACCAUGUCAAGUCACUGCCAUCGACACUGAGUCUGACACCACUACCGCCCAAUAAAAACAACUGGAAUGCCCCACAGUCACAGUCACAGGCACAGGCACAGGCACAGUCUCAGGCACAGGCACAGUCUCAGGCACAGUCUCAGUCAGCUGGGAUGGUACACACGCACAUAUUCACUAGCAAGCGUAUGACCAGCAGCCAUGCAGACAGCCACAAUAGCCACAGCAUCAACAACAGUAAUACUAACAGCAUCGCCAAUAGUACGAACGACGCCAGCGACAGCAACACCUCCAAAAGCAAGCCACACAUCCAACAGCUGCCACCAACACCCCCAGCACACCUGCACCUCAAGGCCCACACACCCCCCAGGACACCCUCCAUUCACUUCGGGGAGCACUCGAAGUCUAUGCGCACGUCGAACUCCAAAUUCAACACAAUCGGCAGCAAAACAAGAGGCCUCAAGGGGCUGUUUGGAAUGGGCAGCACAACUGCGCCCACACUAGAGUCACAGUCGCUGGACAUCUUUAAGGUGCCGCCUGCGCGUGAUGGGCCUAGUCCUGGCAGUGUGCGCAGCAUGGCCCUUCGGUCUACCUCCAGUGGCCUCAGCAGCCACGACGGCCGAGUGCUCAGAGGACGCAACAGCAUGGUUGGCAUGACAACCGCCCGGCACGAGAGCGACGCAGCAACCAAAUUCGACCCUCUGCGCCCACAGAAGAGUGUGGGGCACGACAGCCACGACAGUUACGGCAGACGCACGCGAUACGACAGCGACAGCUACAGCCGAAUAGACGAAGCACAGGACACCUUUGGCCGAUGCGCAAGCAGCGACAGCAAGAGCAGCGCCCGAGCCAUCCGAGCCAUCCGCAGCACCAGCCACACAGUGGUCAAGGUGACUACCGGUGACAGCAAGGGCAGCCACGACACCACCACACGCACGCUCAGCGACAGGGGCAGCAGCCUACGCAACAGCACACACACAGGCAAUGCCCAGCCACCACACACGCACAGACGACCACCCCUCAAGCCACGCGACCAACGGUCACACAGCGUGCAUGCAAGCAACCAACUGCAACGUCUGCAGAAACAGCCGCAGCACCACCAGCCAUGCAGCCACCACCUCAGGCGAAGCAUCAGCGUAGACAGGGGCGCACCACUGCCCACGGAUGGCUCAGGCAGCAUACGCAUCAACAGCCUAGGGGCACUAGAACAUCACUCACAGGCACAGGCACAGGCACAACCACAGACACAGACACAGACACAAAAAGGGUCGGGAGCUGAGACGGGGGCAGUGAAUAGCACUGACAGCCCACAGCACAGUGGCACUGCAGUGGGUGGACAGACCACGGACGACAACACACGAGACAUCACAGCCACCACAGACAGCCUCAACAUGCUACUACAGCCCUUCUCAGAGGCAGCCACAGGCGCAUACACACACACAGUGCACGUGCGCACCCCAUCUCCCAUCGACGCCACAGCCCCAGCCACACACGCACACGCACAGCCGGGUGCACAGGGCAGUACACAGGUAAGGCAUACCAUCAACACACACAGCACACACAGCCACAGCCUGCCAAGCCCCCGCAGUGCUGAGGCGAUCAGUCCCACUGAUUCAGAGAUCAUGGCAGUGGUCACAGAAGUCAACAGAGACACACGCAACAGAGCCAAGACACUCGCCUCAGGCGAUGCCAAGCACAUGGGCCACAACCAGACACUCAGCAGAACCACCACCUAUCCCCAGGUGUCGCCUUUGAGUACGUUGCCCAUGGCCUUGUACGAGAUACGUAUGAGCAUACCUGAAGAGCAUGAGUCAACUGACGACGCACACACCAUUCACAGUGCACACGAUAGUACCCACAGCGGCGCAACGGCGGAGCAUGGGCUGCCAGACAAUGCAGCAGAACGCCCGCCAUCACUCAAGGAGAUUAGGAGAACGAAUACAAACACCCUACGUGCACAGAUGGAUGUGAGUGGAGCUAACUCGCCCACAGAUAGUCUCAACACGCAAGAGUGUGAACACACCACACGCUGUGUACACACAGACCAACCGAGCGAUGGGCACGCGCACUCAUCGGUCGACUGUGCGUCUGAGGCCACCGCUGCCACACCCGGCUGUCAACUCGGGGCACAAAGCGCUCCAUCGCGUUUACACGUCCCAACGAUACGCACUCACACCAGCCCAUCUGCAACAACUGCUCAGACGACACUCUCGACAUCAGCAACUGCCCAGACACUACCCACCACACCAGUAACAACUGCCCAGGCACCACCCACCACAUCAGCAACAAAUGCCCAAGCAACAUCCAUCACAUCAGUAACAACUGCCCAGACACCACCCACCACAUCAGUAACAACUGCCCAGGCACCACCCACCACAUCAGUAACAACUGCCCAAGCAACACCCACCACAACAGCAACAACUGCCCAGGCACCACCCACCACAUCAGUAACAACUGCCCAAGCAACACCCACCACAUCUGUAACGACUGCCCAGGCACCACCCACCACAUUAACAACAACUGCCCAAGCAACAGCCACCACAUCUGUAACGACUGCCCAAGCAACACCUACCACAUCUGUAUCGACUGCCCAAGCAACACCCACCGCAUCUGUAACGACUGCCCAAGCAACACCCACCACAUCUGUAACGACUGCCCAGGCACCACCCACCACAUCUGUAACGACUGCCCAAGCAACUCCCACCGCAUCUGUAACGACUGCCCAAGCAACACCCAUCGCAUCAGAGGAUACGAGUGAAACCUCUAAACCCACGAGUCAGCAAACACAGACAUCGACGGAAGACACUCACACACUCUCAGGCACCUCCUUAGGCGCAGAUGUUGUGCCUCAGCCAGCAGCCGCUGCACAGCCGCUUCUACUGACGAAUCAGCGCAUGGAUUGUGCCAUUGCCAACACACACAGCAACGCACACGCACUCACAAGAAGCAUGACAGACACACACACCUCAACACACACACACACGCACACACUCCUGGAGGAGAACUCACGCCCCACCACGCAACGGCAAAGUCUGACUGACGAACUUUCGCACACGCAAAGUAUGAUAGAACCACGCAUCAUAGAAGCACAGCAGAAGACAGCCGAGCGCAAGGGAGGUCUCAGAUCACCACAGAGCCAACCAGUCAUCUCAUCGAAUGCACGCACACGCACACAAUCACUUCACCACCACAACGACGAUCACUCAGCCGAUCAUAUCCCUGAAAUCCUAGAAUUUGGACCUGACGGCCAAUCAGAUUCUGAUUUUAUCGAAUUAGAUAACGAGAGACUGAGCAUGACAGAUCUGGACCGUGUGCUGCACAAAGUGGACUCUGCCACUCGCGGAGACAUCGCCGACAGUCUCAUGCGCUUCUACCUGUCCGAGGGCUACCACGUCGAGUUCUUGAGUAAAAUUGGUGAUCUGGAGAUCAUGUACACGGCUAAGCCCACCACACUGUUCCGGGGGGCGUCACUGUUCACUAAGGCCAUGGACUACUUCAUGUACUUUGUGGGCAUGCCGUACAUCCACGUCACACUCAGCGCCGUCAUCAACACCAUUUGCGAGCCAGCAUUCCCGACUAUAGAUGUCAGCCAAACAGCAGAGCACUCUAAAGCAAGUUUGGAACGGUCGUACAAGCGCAUGGCGUUUCUCCUGCGGCAUAUCAUCGUGGCCAUCUCCUCGUCACUUCCCAAUCUGCCCAUUGAAUUUCGGCUCGUGUUUGCGCAUUUGAGGGAAUCCGCCGCUUCCAAAUUCGGGUUCACCGAAUUGAAUGACCUGACACGUCCUGUGAGCUCUACGCUGAUUCUGCGAUUCUUCUCAUUGGCCAUUGUGUCUCCGCACUUAUCGCAAUUCCAAUUGGUUGAGUCCACACCAUCGUCAAACGCCCUGAAAUUGCUGGCUCUGUUGGGCAAAAUGCUGCAGAAAUUGGCAAACGCGGGACAGUUUGGGGACAAUGAGCCAUACAUGGUGGAGAUGAACAAGCGCAUAGGUGUGGAAUAUAGGCAAAUGUUCAGUGACUUCAUGGACCAGGUGUCUCUGCCACUGACUGCUGAAGAGAUAGAGAAGGGGCACUUCUACACCUUUGAGAUGGACAAGGCUCGUAUCCUGUGUCGUCUGCAUCGGUUUAUGUCCAACGUCUACCUGGAUGGCCACACGGAGCAUGUGAUUGUCAAACUGCUGCGAUCCGUCAAGAAGAGCGACAACGAGGAUACGAUUUCGCUUUCCAGUCAGGCCAGUCGAGAGUCAGUCAAGUCUACGCAACCACUACCCGACGUCAUCUCAGACAACGAACACCACAUCUCCAGUUCAGAGAAUCUCAGCACCACACAUCCAGAUAGCAAUUAUAGCAAUAGUAAUAAUAAUAUUAAUUAUAACAACAACAACAACAACAACUAUAGUAAGAACGCGGGUGGCUUCACCGUGCAUGUGUCUGGGCCUACACCGCAGUCCACCCCACAACCAUUGCGGACGGGUGACACGGACGACCCCGAGGCACAGGCAGGCGGUGGGGAGGACUGGCAGACACCCACGUGUGCACAGUGCGAAGCCGAGAAACACGCAGCACUCACGGUCAUGCGCUCAGUGGAGAGUGCCAGGGGGACUGCCUCUGUCGUGGACAGGGCCCCGCCAACCGCUGCAACAGACACGACUCUGCCAAUGCACGAAAGCGUGCUAGACCGGGUUGGCUUGUAUUCAGAGCGACAAAGGAGAAGUGUGGAUCUCCCGGUCGCCCGUCUGAGUAGUCCUAAUGUGGCAGAGCCAGUAGGCGAGAGUGUGGAGGCGAGCCCUUUAAACAGAACGCUAUCAGAGACGAGAGCAACGAAGACGUUGCCUGAGGGUGGCGACGGGGUUUGAUGCGUUCUGUCCACCAAGUAGCACCCCCAAAUGUCGUCACCGUGUGUACUUUGAAGAGUUACCUACGUGACGCGCAUACUUAGAAUAAAAGCACUGUGUGUAUAUACUGCC